CUCACAGAAAAUAACAUUGGCGAGAAAAAAAGCAAAAGGUCAAGUUUACGACUUAUUACAGCGAGAAAACUUAUCGCGAAUUCUAUUUCAAAAUUUACCAACGAAGAACUUCAAAAGGUUAUCGACAAUUUUCCUAGCAAUUAUGUUAAUUCCACAGAAAUUUCGACGACCUCGGGUCUUCAAAAUCACGUGCCUGAAGCAAAGGCAAACGUUCCAACAACCUCUAAUUCGGAAGAUAAGAUAAGUGAGGAAAUCUCACGCAGUGAGGAUGCUAUUGCAUCUAAAUCUUUAUCGAAAACCGAGCAUUAG